CAGGUCAUUGGCAACACAGCAGCCUGGCUCUGAGGGGGUUAAAUUUAUGGUGUUUUCCUCCCUCCUAGGCUAUUUGCAGCAAACAGAGUCUCAGUGGAAGGUCUGAGCUGAACAAGUGUUUGCUUCUGUGGGACUGGCCAGGGUGGAUUUGGAGUUGCUCUACACUCACUAACCAGCACCCAGACUUCGCUCCCCACCACCGCUGCCUUCGGAGGAGCAGUAGGGCAGGAGGCUGAGCACAGGCAGGGUUGGACUCAGGAGCCUGGCACCUCCACAUUGCUCCCCCUCUGCCUGCCUUCUGUGUCGGGACCUCGAUGGCUGAUGACAUUGACUGGCUGGACCUGCCGGGCAGGUGGACAUACGGGGUGUGUGGAGACGGGCGAGUCUUCUUCAUCAAUGAUGAGACACAGUCGACCAGCUGGGUGCACCCAGGCACCAGACGCUCCAUCCAAAGCGGGUGUUUUGUCAGUGCAGACUUGCCCAAAGGCUGGGAGAUGGACAGCACACGCCAGGGGGCCAUAUACUUUAUCAACCAUAAUGAAAGACGGACCACGUUUCUGCAUCCAGUGACCACGCAGAUUCCAGAAGAAAACGCACGAUUUGACUUGCAGAAAUCGAACUUGGACAUGUCAAGCAAAGCAGGCGGGAAGCGACCGGCGGCCAUUAACAGCGAAACGACCAACCACGCCAUGGUGUCGGAGGUGCCUCAGGAACGGCCAAAUGGAAGGGCCUCACGCUCCUCCAGGAAGGGGAUUGCCUUUGGGAAACGCUCCAACUCCAUGAAGAGGAAUCCCAACGCUGCGGUGACCAGAAGCGGCUGGCUCUACAAGCAGGCCAGCUCCGGGGUCAAGCAGUGGAACAAACGCUGGUUUGUGCUGGUGGAUCGCUGCCUUUUCUACUACAAAGACGAGAAGGAGGAGAACAUCCUCGGCAGCAUCCCGCUCCUCAGCUUCCGGGUGGCGGCCGUCCAGCCGUCCGACAACAUCAGCCGGAAGCACACCUUUAAGGUGACCGUGUGCUGGGUAGAGGAAGUGCCAGGGGGUAACCAGCAGUGCCUCUCUUCCCAGGCUGAGCACGCAGGCAUCAGGACCUACUUCUUCAGUGCUGAGAACAACGAGGAGCAGGAGGCCUGGAUCCAAGCCAUGGGCGAAGCUGCCCGCGUGCAGAUCCCGCCCGCCCAGAGGCAUGAGAAGACGGACUCUGAGAACAUCCCCCCGGCCAAACACCACCACCACCACCGGCCAGCUGCCCACAGGGAGCACCCCAAAGUGGACCCGGAGGUCAAGACCCGAGGGGAGGGCGAUGGGCGUGGCUCGGAGAAGGUUGAGAGGAAACCGGAGAAGGUGGAGAGCAAGAAGGAGCCAUUGGCCAAAACCAACGGCGUUGCUGGGCAGGAGAUGCCUUCCGAGCCCGGCAGCCCAUAUCCUGAGGGUCCCCGGGCAUCUGCGGGGGUGGAGAGGCCGUCCCAGCCCAAUGGCUGGCAGUACUCAUCCCCCAGCCGCCCCGGCAGCACCGCCUACCCACAGCAGGAUGGGGAGAGCGCAGUGCACCGGCGGGGCUUCGUGCCACGCACCAACCCUGAGAAGAUUGCCCAAAGGAAGAGCUCCAUGACACAGCUGCAGCAGUGGGUGAACCUGCGCAGGGGGACAGUCCCACCGGAAGAGCUGAGGAGCCCCACCAGGUUCUACCCGGUGUCUCGGAGGGUGCCCGACUACUACACCCCUUACUCGCCUCAGUACCCUGAGGAUUACCAGUACUACCCGCCAGGCGUGCGUCCCGACAGCAUCUGCUCCAUGCCGGCGUACGAGCGCGUGAGCCCACAGUGGGCAGUGGAGGACAAGCGCCACUCCUUCCGCAACGGGGGCACCUACCAGCUGCGGGAGUGGAAGGACCGCCCAGGCUGCGGCCGGCAGGACGUCCCUGUUUGGCUCCCUGGCCCAGUGCGGCAGCCUGUGUACUACGACGAGGUGGAUGCAGCCUCAGGCUCCCUGCGAAGGAUGUCCCUGCAGCCCCGCUCCAGGUCUGUCCCCCGUUCACCCAGCCAGGGCUCCUACAACCGGCCUAGGAUGUACUCUCCAGUCAGGUCACCAAGUGCCCGCUUUGAGAGGAUGCCAUCCAGGAGCGAGGAGAUCUAUGCUGACCCCGCAGCCUACAUGAUGAGGCGAUCAGUCAGUUCCCCCAAGUACGAUUAUCUGGGUGACAGGAGGCCUGUCCCUGCAGGAAUGUAUCCCUACAACUACCCGGGUUCUCCUACCGUCCACGAUAAAAUGGAUGAACUGUUAGACCUUCAGUUGCAAAGAAACCUAGACUAUUUGGACCAGCAGAUGAGUGAGAGCGAGACUCUGAUCAGUAUGGUGAACAGAAUGGUGGAGAACUCUUCCCCUAGGGCCCAGCUCUACAUGCAAGUGUCUCCCUUCCCGGAUGCUUACAGAGAGACUCUGCACGCCUACAAGAUAAGCGAGCAAGACACGGAUAAACUCCUGGGGAAACUGUGUGAGCAGAACAAGGUGGUGAGGGAGCAGGAAAGGCUGGUGCAGCAGCUCCGGGCAGAGAAGGAGAGCCUCGAGAGUGCCCUGAUGGGGACUCACCAGGAGCUGGAGAUGUUUGGGAGCCAGCCCGCCUACCCAGAGAAGCUGCUGCACAAAAAGGAAUCCCUCCAGAACCAACUCAUCAACAUCCGGGUGGAGCUGUCCCAGGCCAGCACGGCCUUGGCCAACAGCACCCUAGAGUACGAGAACCUGGAGAGCGAGGUGUCCGCCCUGCAUGACGACCUCUGGGAGCAGCUGAACUUGGACAUCCAGAAUGAAAUGCUCAACCGGCAGAUCCAGAAGGAGAUCUGGCGGAUCCAGGACGUGAUGGAGGGGCUGAGGAAGAACAACCCAUCCCGUGGCACAGACACCGCCAAGCACAGAGUGGCCACGGGUCCGCCGGGAACAUACAGCUCCAACAGCCCUGCCAGCCCUCUGAGCUCCGCCAGCCUCACCAGCCCCCUGAGCCCUUUCUCCCUGGUGUCAGGCUCACAGGGGUCACCCACCAAGCAAGGUGCCGGCGAGCCCAAGUUGAGCUAUGAGCAGAGCAAGAAGGAUGCUCACCGGACGGCUGUCUCCAGCGCACCCAUGGAGGGCCUGCUCCUGCAGACGAGGCAAGAGCAGGAGGCCGAGAAGCAAGCAGCUCUCAACAAAGUUGGCAUCGUUCCCCCGCGGACUAAAUCCCCCACAGAUGAGGACUCAGCACCCACGCUGGGUGUGGUGAGGAGGAGCAGCAGCAGCACGUCCAAUGGGCUGAACUCCCGGGAAAGGCCAAAGAGCGCCGUGUUCGCCAAUGAGACCAAGACGAAGAUGAGCGUGGAGGAGCAGAUUGACCGCAUGAAGCGCCACCAAAGCGGCUCCAUGAAGGAGAAGCGUCGCAGCCUGCAGCUCCCGGCCAGCCAGACACCAGAUGCCCCCAGCACGAAGGCUCCUGCCUCCUACAAAGUGGUGCGCCGACACCGCAGCAUCCACGAGGUAGACAUCUCUGACCUGGAGGCAGCGUUGCGCUCCGAGGACUCGGGCAGGGUCUACGAGACACCGAGGGAGGAGAUCGCCCGGCUGCGCAAGAUGGAGCUGGAGCCGCAGCACUAUGACGUGGACAUAAACAAGGAGCUUUCCACCCCGGACAAGGUGCUCAUCCCAGAACGGUACAUCGAACUGGAACCCGAUGCUCCCCUGAGCCCUGAAGAGAUGAAGGAGAAGCAGAAGAAAGUGGAACGGAUAAAGACGCUCAUUGCCAAAUCCAGCAUGCAGAAUGUGAUUCCUCUGAGUGAGGGAGAGGUGGAUGCACCCCAGGACACAGAGACUCAGCUCCAGGAGCAGGAGAAGAGGAUAGAGAUCUCCUGUGCCCUGGCUGCAGAGGCCUCCCGGCGGGGCCGCAUGCUCUCUGCUCAGUGUGCCACCCCAAGCCCUCCCACCUCCCCAGCUUCCCCGACACCACCGACCAACCCCCUCUCGUCUGAAUCAUCCCGGGUCGCCGACAGCAGCCAUUUUAUGCGUGUCUGAGCCAUGAACACAAGCCCUGGCUGCUGUGAGCGCUGUGAAGUUCCACGGUGCCACGUUUUAAUGCGUAAACACGUGCACCCCACCUCGACCACCAAACCUUUCCUCCGGCCAUCGUACCGGUUCUCCCUGAGCCCCUUCCUCUACCGAAUGCUGAUGUCCAGGACUGAGAAGCUGUGAGCCGGCACCUGCCGCCAAGGAGAGCGUGGAGGAGGGGGCCUUACCUCAGAUCCAGUUCUCCCUGAACACUGGGCCUGUUGCACUGCAGGAAGAAGCACCAUGGGCGGGCAGCCUGCCUGCUGGAGCUGGGUACCAAAGGGCACUGUGUAAGUGGCUGCAGCUGCUGCCAGCCAUUAGAGGGACAGACGUUGCAAGUGGAGCCAGUUGUGUUCUGGGAGAUGCGCCCUCUUUACAGCAGGCGUGGGCUCUGCAUGUGCAGCUGCGUGACCGGGCUGUCAUGCUGAGGAGGUGACACUACCCUGGAGGGCAUGGGGUGCCCCUUCACUUUCCACUCGGAAACCCUCGUCUCCCAAAUUUCCUCCCUGUGAGAAGCUUUGGUGUGGAGACCGAGCCAUCGCUGCAGGUGGAUAGCAUUCCCGUGCUUUGCGGACCUCGGUGCCCCAUCAUUGCUCCAUGUGCUCCCUUCCUGCCCUGCUGCCCUCUCCUGGCAUGGCUUUCACCAUUGCUAGUAGCCACCUUUCUCCGCACUCACGCUCACAAGCAUCCAUGGGAAGGAAGGAAACAGCAGGCAUUCAGGAUGGACAGAUGGAAAUGGCAGCAAAGGAAAUAAAAAGCUCCCAGGCAGAAAACGGGAGUGGUAACGGGGACUACGAGGUGAUGGGGAUAGAGCUGUGUCUGUGAAACGCCAGUACGUCUCUUUCCAGGGUGAAGGGUGGCUUGGAACGGCAAGUCUGUGCAAUGUAUGUGGACAUGUAGCAAGGGAAUAGCGGAAAGAUUGAAGGGGAUUGAUUGAAGGGGCUAGAGCAGCCCGCGUGGCCUUGCUUAGUAGCCAGGCAAAGCCUUGAUGUUUUCUGGGGCCAGCAGAGAUCCUUUUGCAAGUAGAGAUGAGGAGAAAGGGGAGAUGGACUUCAGGAUUAUUUCCUCCCUGAGCAGGUUCUGGCUCAUACCAGCAGGCGCCUCUCACGGAGUUUGUGUUACUGCCGGCAAGGCUCAUUUCUUGCACUUUUUGGGGGAUGGGAGUGGGUGAGGGAGGAACUGGUACCAACACAUACAUGUGUACCUGCCCACGUGCACAUGCACACCACGUAGUAACCUUGGCCUGCUGCAAGAGGCACGUAGCACUAGACUGGGCACACUUUGCUGUAAUGUUGCCACGGCACCUGUCACAUCGGUAUCUGAGUGUCCCAUUUCGUUCCGGAUGGAACCGCUGGGGCAUUUCCUUCUCUGACACCCACGCAUCUCCUGCCCCAGGUUAAAAGAUGUCCUUACUUAGCUGCUGACUUGGCAGGUGGUACGUCAGUGCUGUAGCUGUCUUUUCCCCUCAUUCAGACAGCACUACCUUGCUCCCAAAUGGAGCAGAACCUGAGCUGUGAGGCCUGGAGGGAGCAAACCCUUUAACUUUGAGGUUGCAAGCCAGCAUGAGAUGGAUGGGACUGGGAAGAUGAUUCCUCCUGGAGUCAACUCAUCUCUUCCUAGCCCAUGGCUGAGAUGCUUGCAUCCCUCUGGGAGGCUCUGCUUUUGCAGCUGGGUGGACCCUGGGGGCAAUCCGGCGUGACCAUCCUUACCUGGAGAGCAAUCCUGCACUGGGGAUGGCCUUGGAGGGACUCGAUGGGUCUUUUUUGCCUGUGGCUCCCUGUUGUGUCACGUGUGAAGCAGUACAUGGACACUGCCACCCCUAGCUCCCUGCACUAAGGUGGAUAGACCCCUCACACCUACAGUUAUAGGAGCUCCUCUGCCCUUUUGGAGUGACAGCUCAUGGUGCUGACUCCCUGCUGCGCAUUCCCUGCUCCUAUCAGAACCUAUGGCAUGAGCUCACUCCUCCAGAUGUGACUUCAUUAUUCUCCUAAUAAGUUGAGGAUUAAUCAUUGAUCUGCAGGCAGGGGCCAGGUCAUAGCAGAGACUUACUCAGAGGCUCAUUUCAGUUCAGAUAAAGCAUCUAGGAGGUGGUUGAAACUCAUCUGUGCUACCAAACCAUCGGUGCCCAUAGAACCAGACCUAGCGUCUCACGAGGACACGUGGUCUGAUGCUCGAGCAGCAUUCCCACUGCCAGCGGAAAUCACUUGAAAAGGUCUCUCUAAACGUCAGCUCAGCUUACGCAGUGUUUGGGAGGAUGACAGCUCUUUUUAUGUUUCCAAGCAGACUUUCUUGCCCUUCUCAAACUUAGGGCUGCAUGAACAGAGCAACUCUAUCUGCCGCUUGGAGUGGGCUUUGCAAGGAUUAUGAUCCCAUUUAAGCAUCUCAAUGAGGGGCCAAGGUUUUAAAAGCUCUCAGCACCCAGGAACUCCCACCAUGACAUUGAUAGAUGGAUUUUCUGAGGCCUCUGACAGCCUGGCUGUUUCCUUCCAGGCAUCAAAGGGAGCUGGGCUCUUUUGCAAAAUCCAGGCCUACGUUACACCACGAGAUAGGUCUAGUUUUAUCCCAGCAGCAUUCUUGCUCUCAAAGUCUGGGUAGAAAAGGCAGGUUUUGCCUCGCAGCAUAGAUUUCUAUUCCAGUGAUUUGACAGAUGAUGUUUUAAAAAAUACCCACGUCUGAAAUUGAGGCCUCUGCUUCAACACUGAGAGCAAUCUGGGCUGGAGAUGAUUUGGUUUUCCUGCUUCAGAAUCUCAUUUGUCACGAGAGACACUGCAACAUAUGGCUGGGGUUGCACGCGAAAUGGGCCAGUUUCAGGAUACUCAUCUGAACCGGAAAAGGCCAACGUCAAGGCUGCUUUGGUAACAUAUGUCGAGCCUUUCUCUCAAGAGCUCCGAUUCCUCUCCUCUCAUACACUUUCCAGGGUACUUUAAGUCAAAAGAGCCCUAAACUUAUGAACUGUUAAGUCCUUGAGACUGGAGCUCUGUGUAGAAACUUUCUCUGUUGACCUGAUCACAGCUGGGCACCCGCAACUGAAGUGGAGUCCGUAGGAGACACGGGUGCCAAUGAUCAGCACCGAUUGGGAUGGUGUUUUCUUCCCUCCUACCCCAGCUGUGGAGGGAAAGCGGGCUGGCUGCUCACCAUUCAAGCAGACGCUCCUUCCUGUCUGAGGAGCAGUUGUUCUAGCUUGGCAAGAGGCAGACCUUAAAUGGAGCCUCCUGCCUGGGAGGGACCUUUCUGGCGUCUUCCUGGGGAGAGUUGCUUGUCUCUGUGUCAUCUCCCCAGAUAGUCUAGUCUCUGUUGGUCUUCUGUAAUUUUGGCAAUACGCAUAGCACCCCAGGAAAGAGGAUCCCCCCCACUGCCCUGUUGAAUCAGACCUAGGAAUUUCUUUCCCUCUUCAUUUUAGCAAUACACAGAAACAUCCCAGGGGAAAAAAUAGUUCCGCUCCCCUCCUGGAGUCCCAUACAGCCCCUGUUAGCUCAUAAAGCUGGCCCUUUAUUUUGCUAUACAUGCCUUAAUAUAUGUUUUAUGGAAAUUAUACAUUUAUAUAUAAUAUAUAUAUUUGGUUUGUUUUUUUUCUCUUCUUUUUUGGGCGGUACUGUUUUGUGCUAAUUUUCUUUCUCUUUCAGCGGGGCUGUUCGAGUCGGCCCCGCUACUGAGUUACAAAAAGCAGAUUCUUUUCCAGUUUAUUAGAAAAAAUAUCCUAUUUAAAAAAAUAUAUAUUUUCUGCUUUUAUUAAAAGCAAAUUUAUUUAAAAUAAAGUAUAAAAACUGUAAGUUUGAAGAAACAAUGCAUUUAUUUCCCUGUUGCUAUGACAGUGCUCUGUGCAGGGCCAGAUUCUCAGCAGACGUAAAUCGGUGUAGGGGAUGUUGCAAUCUGAUUGACGAGGGCUGGAAGUCUGGCCACUAGGCGCAGGUUAUGAAGACGUGUAGGAUUGUACCAUAUCGGGCACCACCCAAGGGACCUCGCUGGUACGUGGUAUCAGGAGGAGAUCCUUGCUAUGGAUGUGGGUUUUUUUAAUCUUUAAUUUAAAUGCUCCAUUUGCCCCUCACGUGUAUUCUUGUGAAUGGGUUUUCUGUCAUGAUGUGAAUAGAGCAGCAGCUCUACAGGCUCCUGGACUGCAGUCCCUGGGAUACCACUAGCCCAGCUGCCCCCCUCACCCCCACACUCCCCAAGCAUGUACGCAAGGGUGCAUGCACCUUUUCUUGCUGCAAGCGUAUUCCCAGAGACGAAAGGUGGUGGCUGAACUGAGAGAUGCUGCCAAGCCUGGGAGCUCAGCUGAAGCAGGAGAGCUCCACUGGGGCUGUGUCCAGAGCUGGAUCCAGGACCCCUGAAGUCAGUGGAAAGGCUUCCACUGUCAUGGUUGGUGCCUGAGAUCAUGUUGGCAUUGCCAGGCCAGUGCCAGCCCCACAGUGAGCUUCUCCUUGGCUCUUGGCUCAGUCCCAUCUCCCAUCCUUGAGGGCUUGCUAACUCUAGCAUCAUCCCAGCAGGGGGAAGGGGUCUUGUGCAUUCAGAGGAAGGGGUGGGGGAUGAAGACAAUUCCACUCUUCAGCACCCUUAAAAGGGUUUCCCAUGAAGAGCUCCAAGGUCACGGGGAUAGCACGGGCACCUCCCACUCAAUGAAUGACCAUGUUGAGUCUGUGACCAAUCACUACUAUUGUCACUUUAAGUUUCCAAGGUUACAAGCUGGGAGCUUGCAAUAAAGUGGGUUCCAAUCACCAUAUUGCAGUAUUGUGGAACUGGGGGGGGGUGUUAUUAUUAUUAUUAUUAUUAUUAUUGUUAUUAUUUUAAUGUUUAAUUUUAUUUUGUUUUGGUUUGGUUUUUUUUCAUAACACCAUCAUAUACCAGCAACUCUUGUAAUCGAGAAAAACUAUUUGCAUUGAAAAAAGAAAUCUAUUUAUGCACAUUAAUAUUGGGGGGGGGGAGGGGAAGUGGGCAAAAACUUGAUUUUUGCUAGUGUUAGACAAAUAAAACUCUCCAAGAAACCAUGCAGUGUCAGUGUCUUUCUUUUUGUAUGAAAGCGACCUUAGAUGACAAUGAUUUGAAUGGUAAAUCAAAAAGACUGUGAUCAGACAGCUGUAGCUUUUCAGCGGCUUUAAAUCUUCCAAUCAGAAAAAGGGGAUAUAAUCUUAACCCAUAAUGAAACCUGUGGUAGUUCGCUUAAUUUUCUUUUUAAUUUUCCCGGUGGCAUUUGUUUUAGAUGUAGCUACUAAAUGGUUGAAUCUCACACCAGGGAAAAAAAAUGCAUUUGUACCUUGCAAGUUUGUAUAAAACGAAUAAAUAAAAAUCAAUGGUUUGUUAACAGA